CGCAGCCCGUGGGGCGCCGGCCUUUUCGGAGCCUGGGGCGGGCCGCGAUGCGAGCGGCGGCGCGGUGAAGCGGGGCCGCGGCGGGGGAAGGAGAGGGCAGCCCCCCGGGCGGCGGGCCUGCGCUAGCCGUGCCCCGGCGGCAGCGGAGAGAAGCCGGGCUGCGCGGCGCCCCGCUGCCGCCUCCUCCCGCCCGCCCUGCGCUCACCCCCUCCCCCCCGGAGCCGCUCCCUCGCCGCCUCCCUUUCCCCGGCUCCAUCCCUUCCCUCGGCUCCAUCCCCUCCCCGCUGGAUGAGGCGGCCCCCUGCCCGCUGCUGACCCCUGCGGACCCCGGCUGUAGGAUGAGCCCGAAGGACUCGGAAGGGGCGAGGCCGCUCCGCUCCCUGAGGAGGAUCUAGUGGGGGGGCACCGACGCGACGCCGCCCCCCGCCAGGCACCUCGUCCUUCAUGGUGGCUCCCUGCGACCACCAUCUCGGAGCAGACGCGCAGCCCGGGGCCCGUGUGUGUGUCUGUGCGCGCCGCCGCCGCGGCCGCCCGAGUGAGGGAAAAUGUCCACUCGGACUCCAUUGCCCACGGUGAACGAGCGCGACACGGAGAAUGAUGUCGGCUCAUCAUUGGGGGAAGGCUUUUGCGAAAAGCACACGUCCCAUGGAGACGGACGGCAGGAAGUUUCCUCUCGAACUGGGCGCUCUGGAGCUCGCUGCAGGAACUCCAUAGCCUCCUGUGCUGAUGAGCAGCCGCAUAUUGGAAAUUACAGACUCCUUAAAACUAUUGGAAAGGGGAAUUUUGCAAAAGUGAAACUGGCAAGGCACAUCCUAACUGGCAGAGAGGUUGCCAUAAAAAUAAUUGACAAAACACAGCUGAACCCAACUAGUCUACAAAAGCUCUUUAGAGAAGUAAGAAUAAUGAAGAUCUUAAAUCAUCCAAAUAUAGUGAAGCUAUUUGAAGUCAUUGAAACUGAAAAAACUCUCUAUUUAAUAAUGGAAUAUGCAAGUGGGGGGGAGGUGUUUGACUAUCUGGUUGCACAUGGAAGAAUGAAGGAAAAGGAGGCUAGAGCUAAAUUUAGACAGAUAGUAUCUGCAGUGCAGUAUUGCCAUCAAAAGCAUAUUGUUCAUAGAGAUCUCAAGGCUGAAAAUCUAUUGCUAGAUGCAGAUAUGAACAUUAAAAUAGCUGACUUUGGUUUUAGCAAUGAGUUUACAGUUGGAAAUAAACUGGACACCUUUUGUGGCAGCCCACCAUAUGCUGCUCCAGAGCUCUUUCAAGGGAAGAAAUAUGAUGGACCUGAAGUAGAUGUUUGGAGUUUAGGUGUUAUUCUUUAUACUCUUGUGAGUGGAUCUCUUCCCUUCGAUGGACAGAACUUAAAGGAACUUAGAGAAAGAGUGCUAAGGGGAAAAUACAGGAUUCCCUUCUACAUGUCCACAGACUGUGAAAACCUCCUCAAACGUUUCCUGGUGCUAAACCCAACAAAAAGAGGCACUCUAGAGCAAAUUAUGAAGGACAGGUGGAUAAAUGCAGGGCAUGAGGAGGAUGAACUUAAACCUUUUGUUGAACCAGAACUAGACAUCUCGGACCAGAAAAGAAUAGAUAUUAUGGUAGGAAUGGGAUAUUCUCAAGAAGAAAUUCAAGAAUCCCUUAGUAAAAUGAAGUAUGAUGAAAUCACAGCUACAUACUUACUCCUAGGAAGGAAGUCAUCAGAGUUGGAUGCAAGUGAUUCAAGCUCCAGCAGCAAUCUUUCACUUGCCAAAGUUAGGCCAAGUAGUGAUCUUAACAAUAGCACUGGACAAUCUCCUCAUCACAAAGUUCAGAGAAGCAUAUCUUCUAGCCAGAAGCAGCGGCGGUACAGUGAUCACGCUGGACCAUCCAUCCCCUCAGUAGUGGCAUAUCCUAAAAGAAGCCAGACUAGUACUACAGACAGUGACCUCAAAGAGGAAGGAAUUCAGUCAAGAAAAUCCAGCAGUAGUGCUGUUGCAGGAAGAGGAAUUGCACCAGCUAGCCCAAUGCUUGGAAAUGCCAGCAAUCCCAAUAAGGCUGAUAUUCCUGAACGUAAGAAAAGUUCAGCUGUCCCUAGUAAUAAUACUACCCCUGGAGCAAUGACGCGGCGCAACACAUAUGUUUGUAGUGAAAGAACCACUGCUGAUAGGCAUUCAGUGAUACAAAAUGGCAAGGAGAACAGCCUGACAGAAAUGUUCGCUUACGCAGCUAGCCCUGCUUCAGUUUGUACCACAUCCUUCUCCAGUGUUCGGCUGCGACAUCAGAAGUCGAUGUCCAUGUCAGCCUCUGUGCACACGAAGAUGAUGUUGCCUCCAAUAGACAAUGGCGCAGAUAACUUCAGGCCUAUCACUAUUCCCGAUCAGAGAACUCCCGUUGCUUCAACCCACAGCAUUAGCAGUGCGACCACCCCUGACCGUAUUCGUUUCCCCAGAGGAACGGCCAGCCGGAGCACGUUCCACGGGCAGCUGCGCGAGCGCCGCACCGCCACCUACAACGGCCCGCCCGCCUCGCCCAGCCUGUCCCACGAGGCCACGCCGCUCUCGCAGACCCGCGCCCGCGGCUCCACCAACCUCUUCAGCAAACUAACUUCUAAACUGACGAGAAGAAACAUGUCAUUCAGGUUUAUCAAAAGGCUCCCGACUGAAUAUGAGAGGAACGGGAGAUUUGAGGGCUCAAGCCGCAAUGUAGCUGUGGAUCAGAAGGACGAGAACAAGGAAGCCAAGCCUCGGUCGCUGCGUUUUACCUGGAGCAUGAAAACCACCAGCUCCAUGGAUCCCAAUGACAUGAUGAGGGAAAUACGAAAGGUCCUGGAUGCCAAUAACUGUGACUAUGAACAAAGAGAGCGUUUCUUGCUUUUCUGUGUCCAUGGAGAUGGGCACGCGGAAAACCUUGUACAGUGGGAGAUGGAGGUGUGUAAACUGCCAAGACUGUCCCUGAACGGAGUUCGCUUUAAGCGGAUAUCGGGAACAUCCAUAGCUUUCAAAAACAUUGCUUCCAAAAUUGCCAAUGAGUUAAAGCUGUAACAAGAAAAAAUAGUUAAGUUGUAAAUUAGUUAGCAAUUUAAAGUGUUUUUGAGAAUUCCGAUGGAAAUGUAUAGAAUAACAUUUAGGCAAUAACUUCUGCAUCCUUCUGAAUAGUGAUAUUAAAAAAAAAAAGCUGCUGAGCUGGGAGGGAGAGUUGGACUUUUUUAUAAGUGCACUACAGCAUUAAAGUUGCCUACUAUGUAAAAUAUUACCCCUUCUGCUUUAUUUCCAUUGCUCCUAAGUCUUUGACAACAAAUUGAAACACAGAAUAUAUUCAUUUAAAUAUGCCUCCUGUUUGUGUGGAUGUGUGAAUGUACAGUAUGUGUGUAUAAUAUAUAAAGUAUUAUAUGUAAACAAUUCAUUUACAACAUCAAGCUGUACCAGUACCUCUUUUUGGGCUGAUUUUGGUGCUAAAAAUUGAAAUGGCCAAGGAGGAAACACUUGAGUUAAUAUUUAAAAUUACUGAAGCGAUAACCAGUAAACGCAGGUUUACAGUUCACUGCUGUGUUAAGAAAAAAAUGUGUGAAGGGUUUGGAUUUAUGGUUGUGAACAUUAUUAGUUCUGUUUUCUAAGUAGAUCUCAUGAGAUGAUUAAAAAUUCACUUCUACUGAGUAAGUCUUGCAUUAUAUUUUGCCCACCUAUUUAUUAUUUAAGUCUGAAUCAAAGUUUAAUAAUGUAGUUAAUUUGUGCAUUAAUAUUUGGGUAAACGCUUCCAUUCUUCUGCUUCUGCUAAACUACUAAAACUGUAUCUUUGUCCUUUUGGCUUAUGAGUAUUGAUUGCAGCUAAGAACAUUUCUCUGUUGUUCCUCUCGGGAAUGAGGCAGUGUAAAAGGAGGUGCUGAUUGCUGAGUAGUGGUUUUCUUUCAGAGCAGGUUUGCCACGUUAGACUAGGUCAGGCUGAUACAAAGCACAAAGGGACUCUCAAACCAUGGCCAUUCUCGGCCAGGUCCGAGUCCUGCCUCCGUGCGUUCGAGGCCUUGCUGCACAUGGGGCCGUGCUGUCCCUCGCCUUCCGGGCACCCUCAGCAUUGAAACCCAAAGGUGGGAAUCAGACUGGCUACUGAUCUCUGGCCAAACAUCCAGCUUGCUGAACUACAGCCAUAGGCAGGAGCAGUUGGAGCUUUUCCUUGCAGCUCUCUUCAGUGUGCUUCCCUUGGCUCCGGCUGUGCUGCUUUGGAUGGCUCUGUGCCAGCGCGUGUCUGGCCGUGCUGCCGAGGGAGUCCCCUGUCCCCUGUCCCUGUGCAGUGUGCAACCUGCCCCGAUGAACUCUGGUGGCCAACUAGCUUUCGGUAGGACGUGAAGCUGCUCUGGGAUAGCCCCCACUUUUUAACCAUCACAGCGGUGAAACAGAUUUGAUUUUGGAAACUACAACAAGGAGGUUUCUUCACGCGUUGUUUCCUACUGAUACUCGGUUUAUUUCAUCGAGGACUUGUGUAGAUAAUAUCCUGCAUUAUCUACUUGACUUUUUGUAUUAAUGUUUUGUGGUUAUAUUUCAGUGAAGCACUUACGCAUGUACUUAACAUGUGCUUUAAACUGGAGCCUAAAUUUGCAUUUUAAAUUUGCAGUGAGCUAAUAGUUACUCAUAGUACACAGUUCAGAUUUGACCCGAGGUGAAAAUGCAAAGUCCUUAAUAUUUUGCAAGUUAGCUCUUGUGAUCUGUAGUCUGUGAAGGCAGCAGACUUCCCCUCUCUUUCCCCCUAAGCAUUGAUAUUGAUUAUGCUAGUUUAAAGGGUAAUCAUAGUUGUUAAAUGUAGUAAAUAUUCCUGAAUUUGCAUUUUAUUCUCUGUAUAUUCUGUAUCAUGCCAUGGCUUGAGAACUCUGGGUGCUACCAGAGUUCAGUUGGCUUUCAGUGCUCUGCCCAUGCCUGUGCUGCUCAGUAUGGGUUUUUUUCCAUGAAAACUCCAUUUUGUAAUAGCAAUAAGACAUUUCAGGGCAGUCGUUGUACUUUCUCAGGUGAAUGGUCACCUAUCCUUUCACUCCCUACGUUUUAAGCACUCCUCCAAAUGUAUUUUUUUCACCUGGCAGUGCACUUUGUUGUCUGAACUGAAAAGGUGUUCUGAUAAAUUAUGUAAAUCUGUAUUCGAUGGAAGUUCCAAAAGGUUUCAUAUUAAAUGUUUUCUGAAAUACUCUCUUCCUACUUCACCUGUUAAGUAUGUAAGUGUUUCUAAAAAGUGCACCAGUAUCAUACUUUGGAUAUUUAAAGUUUGUACUUUGGUAUUUUUCUUAAAGUGUUCUCAAAAGGUUCUUUCAGUAAAUCUUUAUUUGAGGUAUUAAAAAAUUCACUUAUUAUAAUCAGAAAAUUAUUUUUAACAGCUUCCUUCCCAAAUGCCUUGUAAAAUUACCAAGUUGUGAGAAUAUUUAGCACCCUGUAGGAUUGGUGUUCAAGCCUCUGGGAACUGCCUGGGAAGGAAAGUUCUUUCUUCAGCUCUCCAAACCAAAGAUGAACUGCUUUCACAACACAGGCUUUUUACCUGUUCUUAUUUCUUGGGAAUCUCUGUAGGUUUGCAGGCACCACUGCUGAGGGGACUCUGCAGAACCUCACCUGGUUUUUCUCACCUAAGGGGCAAGUUUUAAAAAUAAUCAGAGGUCAGUGUGUGGUGAGGAGGCAGCAGCAGAUCUCGGUGUUUUGAGACACAUGAAGAGCAACCGAGAAGCGUUUUUAUUUCAUGGCAUGACUGUGUCCUGGAACAUGUGGUCCAAGUGCUGUGUUAGGGGUUGAUUGUAAUGGGCUCAUGGCUGAAGGUUUGCAUCACUGAAACCUGUGUCAGCCAGCACCGAUAACAUCUUUGGAUUGCUGGAUCUGGCAGAGAAAAAUGUAUUAAGAGUUUGGGUGGCAGGGUUUCACUUUAUUAAUAAAAGCAUUUAAAGAUGCAUACAUAAAACAAUGAACACUGAGCAGGAACAAAUUCAGAUACACUUUUUCUUAUGCAAACCUUCCCUGUACUUAGGAUUUCUGAAACACUUCAGUUUAUUUGACCUCUUUACAAGACCUGAGGUCCUUGACCGUAUUGAGAAGAAGGAGAGAGAGGUAGGCUGGAGGAACAGCUAGUACUGCUGGGCUAAGUGUUUUGCACACUGCUUCUGUUCAAGUUACGGCAUCUGGUCCAAUCUUUGUGGAUUUGAAGAUUUCUAGUACAGAUUUGGGCAAGGUUUAGCUUUUUGUCUUGCAUUACACUGAGGCUUCAAGAUCAAAUAUAGCAAUAUAUAUCCUAUUUUUUUAAAUUACAGAAUUCAGGAUAAAUUAGAUUAUUUCCAAAAAUAUGGAAUUAAUAUCUACAUGUUUAUGUUGCAGAAAUGAAGUGCAGGGUUCAGUAGUCCUCCCAGUCAUAUGGAAAGACUGUGGCAUAUCUGGAAUUUAAAUAAGAGCUCAAUUCAGUUAAAACCUCAGCUAAACAUGGACCCGUUGGGUUAUUGUGUAGAUGCUUUUAAUCAGUAUUUCCCACAGCUGCUGUGUCACAGACCAUGUUGUGGAUUGCAAUUUAAUUAGGCCUGCAGCCAGCCCAGAGAGCUGCUCUCCCUGUGCAGCCCUGGAGCAGCAGUGUGUGCCCGGCCCCCUGGGCUGGAACCUGCUGGCUCACAGUGGUCACUGUCCCCAGGGGCUCAGGUGCCUCCUGGGGGUGGGCAGAGGCCCCUUGAGCCAGUGUCACUCUCUGUAUUUCAGGGGGGGACUGGUUGGGUGUUUCUUGCUGUGCUAUCCAAGACCACAUCUUUUCUUUAGUAACCUAAAGAGUUAAAUAUUUAGAGAAUUUCAGUAGUUGAUGGUAUUUCUGCCAUCUGGGGUGGGGGUGGGGGGGUCAUACUAAUGUAACAUUUUGGUUUCUGAUUUACACUGCAGAUGUUUAGGAAUAAAUACAGUUUUGGAAAGCUGGUACCACUGUGGAUUAACAUUUAAUUUUAAAUAUGUAGGCUUGUAACUGUCCAUGCUAUCUCACUUCUGUAAGUUUUCAUAGAAAAGCCCUGGAGAUUUCCAGUAAAGACAGCCUCAUGCUAUUACAGGGCACUGGUGCUGCCAAUUAAACCCCUGAUUUGACAUUCUGAUGAAGUGGAGUUUUGAAAAUUCCACCUUUGACUGGAGUUUUUCCCCUCCAGUAGCCGUGAAUUAUUUCAUUGAUUUCACCACUGACAAUUAUUCUAUCACUUCAGAGAAUAAACUGUUAUCCAGCAGGAAGGGACAUGAGCUUUGGAUAAAACUCCAAACCUAGACAAAUGAGUAAUUUGUUGGAAGUUCAACUUUUUCAUACCCAAGACCAAUCAGAGUCCUGCACUGCAACAGCAGUAAAUGCUUAAAGAAAACCAAGAACAAGGGGAUGCAGGAAUUGCUGCCUCUGUGCAUACUCCUUACUUUUGACAAACUUAAGAGCAGAAAAAGGCAAACGGUAAAUUUGGAUAACUUGAUGGUUUUCGUGUUCCUGUUUCUGCCAGUGUCUUUUUAGUGCACUACCAGGUACUGCCUACAAGCAAAAGGGCUGGAUAAAAUGAGCAAAACCAUGGAGGAACAGUCUCUUGACCACUCAGUGCUUCUGAAGUUGAAGUAGUUUGGUAUUUGAAAUAAAAGAAUUUGAAAGACCCUUAACUGCUCUCUUUUAGCCUUCUAAGAAUGCUUUAACCUUUGGUACAAGGCUCUUGUUCCAGCAAUAACAGAAAACAGAAGGGUGUCAAUACCAACACUAUGAAUCCUGCAAGUAUCUCUGCACAGAAGCCACACUCAGGGCAUUAAUUGUCAGCUGUUGGGAGUUUACCUUCACCUACGAGUGCCAUUAACACCUUGUGGUGGUUGUGACUUAGCAGGUAAGAUGUUUAUUGCAGGGAAAACAAAUGCUUUUUCUUGGUUUUUGCUUAUGUGUGUUGAGCUCUUGGAACAGCGUCAGACUCGAUGUAAAAUCCCUGAGAAGUGGCCAUGGUUAUGGUUGCUGUGGGAACCACAGCAUGGAGUUUCAAGGCACAGAUAUGUUGCAGUUCUCAUUCCAUUUAUACACUUAUGUUAUCAUUUAACAUCCUUAAAAAAUUCAGAGCAUAAAACCAAAAUAUUUGUACAGUUCAUGUUUCCUUGUAGUUGCUGAUCACAUUGAAUGUAUUAGGUGAAUAAAAUCAGAUAACAAAAUA